UUUCUUCUUUCUUUUGUUUCUCUAAAUUCCUUUUCAAUAUUUGUAUUUGUUCUUCUUUCUGAUAGAAUUCUAUCUGGUGUUUACUCUUCAUUCAUUCUAUUUCUUUGUCUUUCUUCUUUAUUUCUUUUUCUUUUGUAUUUCUCAAUUCUUCUAUUUUUCUUUCAAGUUUUUUAUUUCUCUUUCAUAUUCUUCUUCUAUUUCUUUUUUCUCUCAUAUCUUUCUAUUAUCUCUUCUUCUAUAUCCAUUUCUUGUUAUUGUAUUAUUUCUUCUUUUCUUCAAUCACCAUGGGUAUUUCUUCUUGUUAUUCUUCUUUCUUACAUAACUUCUCUUUCACUAUUUUUCUAUGUCUUCAAAUCUCUUCAUCAUUUCUUGUAUUAUUUUCUUAUUUUCUUUUGUCCCUCCUUCAUUGUCUUUUCUUGUAAUAUAUUUGUUUCUAUAUCUUUUAUAUUGUUUUUUCUCAUGAUAAUAUUGAUUAAACAUUUUAUCUGUAUUAUGGUAUUUGUGUUAUAA